CUCUCCACGUGACCUCGCUCCUCACUACCUCACAUCCCCGCGCGCACACAGUCGCGCAGAGCCACUGCCGCGCUCCAGCCUCAUGUCUCUCCUCGCCUCCCCCACGCCGUUCGGCACGGCCACCGCCGCCGCCGCCGCCGCCCGUCGUCGCGUCCCUCCCGGCGCCCCGCUCCUGAGCCGCCGCGCCUCCCUGCACGUGGCGCUGGCGCGCCGGGCCGGCGUCUCGUCCCGCACGCAGCGGCGCCUCGAGGAGCGCGGCGGCAAGAAGCGCCGCGGAGGCGUCGAGACCCCCGACGCGGAGGAGGAGGACUCCGCCUCGGCGUGGGAGGGCGUGGAGUGGGAGGGGGAGCCGCUGGGGUUCGAGGUGUCGACGGAGCCGAUGCCGUACCUCGCUGACCCGAAGCAGGUCGACUUCUGGGAAGGACCCCAGUGGGAUCUCCUCGGCUUCUUCGUGCAGUACAUGUGGGCGUUCGGCGUCUUCUUCUCCUUGGUUGCUUGUGGUUUCGCUGUGGCUACAUAUAACGAUGGUGCAACAGACUUCAGGGAAACUCCUUCUUUCAAGGAAUCCCUAACACAGGAGUUCCCCGAAGAAGCAGAAUCAUCUGGAUCUGAUGUGUUUGAAGGUAAUCCAACUGAGGUAGCACCAGCGCUUGAGUAGGACUGUCGAGGAGGCAUCACAUAAAGAUACAAAGGCUUUCUCUUUGAGCUAUAGGGCUCUGCAGAUAGCCAGUAAAACUUGUAAAAGGUUCAGUUGAAACUUGAAAGCAUAGUGGUAAGGAAAUUAGCUGGUCAUCACCAUGUACUGAAUUUUCUGUUGGAUAAUUCGACUUUGAAAUCAAAAUAUGUAGGUGGCUUAUUAGUGGUGAUGAAA